UACGCGGUUCGGAUUUUUUUAAUCCUAAUCGAAAAAAGGAAAAUAGAUCAAAGCAUAACAAACGGUGACUUGAGUCCCACCCAACUCACUCCCCAGCUUUCCUUUUAGUUUUCAUUCCAUUCCAUUCUCCACAAUCACCAUUCACCAACUUUGCUAAUUCUCCAGAGACGAUGGCUAAGAUUAGGGUUCGAAAGUCCAACUUGAUGAUGAAGAAGAAGAAGAGUAUCUCUGUCAAAGAGAUAUCCAAAGCUUCUUUCGAGACCGCUCUUUCCGCCCACAACGUAACCCUAGAAGACGACAACAAGGGAGGUGGAAUACAUUCGUCCUCCUCGUGGGUAAAAACUCUGCUACUCGGAAGAGGAGCCUACGGUUCGGUUUAUCUUGGUAGGAGCAAGACACACCAUACAUGUGAACGAGCCAUCAAAACCGCUGAGAUUUCUCACGCUUCGAGCCUUAUCCACGAAGCCAGGAUUCUUAUCCGCUUACAGUCUCCUUUCAUCGUCCGUUGCUACGGCAAAGAGAUCGCACGCGAGGACUGUUCUACUCAGUACAAUUUGAUUCUCGAAUAUUGUUCUGGCAAAACAAUUGCCGACUUGAUCGAGGAUAAUAAUGGUGAGUUAUUUGAGUCCGACGCCAAAGUCUUUGCGAGGGAUGUAUUAUCUGGUCUCAGUUACCUCCACGACAGAGACAUUGUUCAUUGCGAUAUUAAGCCGGACAAUCUUUUACUCUCCCCUACCGAUCAGCGCUCUAGGUCUACGGGCUACUUGACCAAGAUAGGUGAUUUCGGAUUAGCAAUGGAGAAAGGGUCACUCGAGUACGGUAACGGAUACGGCCACAAUAGAGGCACCACGAGGUAUGUGGCUCCGGAGCUUAUGGGGCAUGGCUUUGUGGACUUUGGAGCGGACGUGUGGGCCUUUGGAUGCACUGUCUUGGAGAUGUUAUCCGGAGUAUCAGUUUGGGGAGAAUACGGUGAUCUUGCUUUUGAUGAUUGGGUCAAUCUCAUUGGCCACAGCGAUCGCAUGCCUCAUGUACCGGCUUGGUUGUCUACAGAAGCACUAGAUUUCUUGAGCAGAUGCUUGGAGAGAGACAUUAACAAGAGGUGGUCUACGCAUGAACUCAAGAACCAUCCCUUUGUUCUACUGUGAGGAAGGCGAAGAAGAGAAAUUUAAAUUUUCUUUCAACUGUUUGGAACAGUUUUGUAUUCUUCUCGUAUAUGAAUAUGGUAUAAUUUUGUCGUUUGGUAAAGACUUAUAAUUGCUAUUUGUAUCACUUUGACUUCUGUUUGUAACUGUUGGUAUAUAUUUUCAUAUGAUAUUUUUGUA